AUGAAUGAACGGGAUCCUUUUGAUAAUGCGGACCCUUGUGCGUGCCCGAGUAGUGCGGAGCUUAGCAAGGCAGUGUCGGUGUCCUUGGGUUUGGAUACGAUCUCCUCUCCGCUCACCAACACGAACCAGUGCUCCAGCAGCGUCUUUGCAGACUUCGAGCCCGCUGUGGAGAAUAGUUCCCGAGGAGUGCUGGAGUUAGGGGCGGCUCGAAACAUGAACCCAGAAUGCAACAGGCUUCUUCUGGAUGACACUAACAUGGGAGGAGGUGAAGAAGGAGACGGCGUACAGCAGGUGAGCUGCAUGGAGCUGCUGAGGUCGGGCGAAAUGGACAGCGCGCGAACCGUGGCGCACGGCCCCGUGAUUUCCAGAUACGUCUGCAAGGAAUCAAACUUGUUUUUGAGCCCGGUGCUGAAUGUGCAACCCGAGUCCUCUCAGGUGGAGGCUCCUUUACCCUUGGAGCCAUACUCCUCAUAUCCUGCCAAUCCAGAGCACUACGGAGAGAGCCCGAGAAUGUGGUGCGCAUAUAACGGACGAUCCGAGCCAGAGAGAAGCGCACCCGACGGACAUAAUUCACUGUGUAAAUAUUGUAACGGUGGGCAAGCCUCUUUUGGAUCCAGGCAGGAAUGCCACUGUGUUUGGUACAAUAAGAGUGAGCAGGGUGGUAGAGGUGGCACGCGAGCUGCUGUGGCACAGGGAUACGGUCAAGUGGAAAGUUACCGAAGUGCCAUCCCUCAAGGACAUGCCAACUUUACCACCAUCAAGACAGAGCCAUCGGUUUGGGUGAAUUGCACAGAUCGCAGUUUCAGGUAAACACCUGCCCGUCAAGAUUUGUUCUUACUUGCUCAUCUUUGGCAACAGGUCAGGGAAAAUUUUGUAAAGAGAGACGCACAUUCUUUUCUUCCUCCCCCUCUUUUUUUUUUUUUCCCAUCUCAUAUUGGUUUUAUUCAAAAACAAAAGGACAACUGCAGCGUGUCCAGUGGCCAUGCCUCAGUGCUUUAUCAAAUUACUAACACUUGAGUAUCAGCUUUACUGUCCAAGUAUGUGUACACAUUCGAGGAAAUUGAUUCCAGUAGACUUUGCUUCCAAUGUACAAACAUCAAACAAAAAAUAUUACACAAAUAUGUACAGGCUUACAUUAGACCUCUAAAAACAUCAACAAAGUGCCACACAGUGUUAUUAGUUUGAUGCUUUGUUGCUGCUUCAUUUCCUUUUUUUGUAAAGAAUACAUCACACAUAAAUCAAAUGUUAUGCACUUUACCGUUCUCUUAAUUUCCAUAUUCUGUGUUAAUGUAUCAUGACACCAUUAACAGUUGUUGGAGAUGCAUGGUGGUGCUCCCCUAUGGCCUUGGCCACGUCCUUUUUUUUUUUUUUUCUACAUGCAGCCAGGCUGAAUCAAAGUUCACCUUAUCCUAACUUUCCAGCACUGUCCUUAUUUGUGCUGUGACUAGCUCCACAAAUAUUAGUAUCACUUUAGACCAGAGAUACAGCACCUGUUGCUCUGUUCUUAGAAUCAAAGGAAACAGCCUGCUUUCAUUUUCUGAUUUAAAUGAAAAAAAUCUUCAAAAUGAAGUCUACACACCUGUAAGCACAGAUUUCCAUCAAAGUUCAUUUGUUGUUAAUUAAGUCAAAGAAUUUUUAAGAUCUCCAGUCAGAUGAAAGAAAUCUAUCUCAAAAGACACAACUACUGACCAAGAUCUGAUAUUAUUUUGUGUGGUAGUCUAUGAUUAAACUGUUUGCAGAUAUGUGCAAUGUGUAAAUUCCUAAAAACAGCUUAUUGUGUGUAUUUUCUCUGUGUAUUUGUUUGUGCACGUGUACUUGUGUGUGCAGGCAUGAGGAUUUGUUUCCGGGUGUGUAUCUGUCAGACAGGAGAGUGUGUCAGGUGUGCGGGGAUGAUGCCUCGGGUUGUCACUAUGGAGCAGUCACCUGUGGCAGCUGCAAAGUGUUCUUCAAGAGGGCUGCUGCAGGUAGGUGUCACAUACACACACACACACACACACACAUACACUCUCACAUGGGUGCAUACACACAAUUUCUCAUCCGCUCAUUUAAUUUCUUACACCCACACGCUGGCUCAUGCAAACAGGGCACACUGACCUGACUACAUGAGGGUGAGUUAUUUGUUAUCAGCAAACGCCCACAUGGCGUUGCUAUGAGAGGAAGCCUAGGCAUUGUUGAACUUGCUCGCUCAUCCCUCGAGACUUUUGUGUACCACCAGGUAAGCAGAACCACCUGUGUGCCAGCCGGAACGACUGCACCAUCGACAAGCUGCGUCGGAAAAACUGUGCCUCGUGUCGCUUAAAGAGAUGCUUCAUGUCGGGGAUGAGCCUGAAAGGUGAGGGAAUAAAGAUGGGAGCAGAACCAGAGACAGAAAAAGGAAAGACUGUGUGGAGUGUUUUUGGAAAAUGGGGUCAGGGUGGUCAGAUACCACACAUGCAUUGGAUCAGAGUUUACCAUUAAGAUGUUCCAGCUUAAAUACAGUGUGACAAAUGCGUUUUAGUAGAGGCCAAAAGAGCAUCAAAGAAGAGCUCCAUUUAUGAAGUUUUAUCUCCGUUUUUCUCUGUUGUGUAAUGAUCAGACAUAACAACCUGUAACGCAACCUUCUUAUCUCCCUUUUACCCUUUUGUCUGUCGUGUGCUUGUCUGUAUUGUCUGCUGUGGUUUCUAGGUCGCAGGCUAAAGGGAGCUGGACAGAGCAGGAAUGGAGAGGAGGGGCAAGCUCAGGCUUCUUGGGGGCCUGGAGGAGAACGGGCCGGAAGACCUGAUGUCAUCUCGGAGUCUGGAAAUGCAGCUGCCAGGGCUCAGUGUGAGCAUUACCAUCACAAAAGUUUUAGUAUCUGGUUUGUCUUAAAAGUUGUGAUUGUGUUUUCCUUUAAUGCUUUUUUUUAUGUGACUGCAUAUCCUCCACAGCAUCCCAGGCUUUAGUUCUCAGCAUCCCUCCACCUUUGCGCUCCUGCCUCUCUCUUCUCAGCGUCUUGCAGGCCAUUGAGCCGGCUGUGGUUAAUGCUGGACACGACCAUGCCCUGCCGGACAGUGCUGCGUCCCUGCUCACCAGUCUCAAUGAGCUGGGGGAGCGACAGCUGGUGACUGUGGUGCGCUGGGCCAAGGCAAUACCAGGUAAACCAGCCUGGAACCAGGUGACACGCUGUAAACGGAUCCAAUCUGCAUGUAGGUGAUUCUACCAGAUCAUGUUUCCCUGAAAUCUAUAAAUAGUGUUGAAAAGAUCAACGCUAAGUGAAACGCUAUCAGACAGAGAGCGAAUGACAAUACAAGAGGCAAAAUACGCACAAAAAGUGUCUUACACUGCUCUAAAGUCCAGAGUUAUUUAGAUAAACGAUAAAGCUAUAAAAGUAAAUAAUAUCUGCUUGCAUUUGGCAAAAGUUCAAGAUCUUGUUCACGAUAUAAAAGUCCUGGCCAGACAUUCGUGCCAGUUACACUUCCUCUCUGGAGGAGACAAUCCUUUUGACAGGUCUGUUUAAAUACUAGCCACUAGAGGGAGGUAUGUUCUUACUUAAGUCAAACAGGCAGACUGAAAAUGGCCAUUGCUGAGUCCAGACUGUGAUAUCUGUGUUGUUAUCACUUAUAGUCAUCCUUUUCUUAAUCCGAUUGGCCUUUUUGAGCGUUUGUUAUUGUGUCUAAUGUGUUUUAUCAGUGAAUUUGUGCUUGAUUAAGUACAUGUUUUGAUUACAGGUUUCCGUGACCUACAUGUUGAUGACCAGAUGUCUCUGAUUCAGUUGUCUUGGAUGGGGGUAAUGGUGUUUGCUUUAGGCUGGAGGUCCUACACUCUUACUAACAGCUCCAUGCUUUACUUCGCUCCAGACCUGGUCUUCAAUGAGUAAGUCAUACAAUUACUCCCUUAGGGCUUUUAUUACCAAUUCAUCUAUCAUUUUACUAUUUAACUGAUAUUAGUGCUUUCAUUAAUACGCAUCAAAAUGGUGCAAAAAGCUCAUCCUAUAAUCCAAAAGUCAUGUAUUCAUAUUGCUUCAUUUCUUCAACCGAACCGAGUUUUAAUUACCAAUCAAAAUGACAAAGAAAUGCAACAAAUGAUCACAUCUCUGCUGCUUGAAAAAUGACUAAAUCAAUUACCAAAGUCAGAAUAGCUGGCGAUUAAUGGCUGCCGAAUCAUUUUUGAAAAACUCACUUUUGUAGAGAAGUUUAAGAGAUCGGGUCAAACAAAGUUGAAAUAAGUUUGUCGUGUCUGGUACAGUCUGUUCAUCAAACAAAGGAAGUUCGUCUGGGUCUAAACAUCUGCAAUAAUCCGUGUGACAAUGGGUUUGUUGAAAUAUCAUGAGAUUUCACCUGUCAAUGUGUUUUGGGAAAAAAGGCAAAAGCUUCAGAGGAAAACUUUUCAUAUCACACAAUGCAUGUCGCCUGCUUUUAGGCGAGACAAUAAACAAGUCUCUUCUGUUCUUAACGUUUCCUUUACAUCUCAUAUACAUGGCCGCAGAGGGAUCAACUCAGAUGAUUUAUUCUGUUUCAUCUCUACCAAACCCUUCAUCCAAACUGCUUCAACAUUGACUUGUUUCCCUUUACUUUCACACGUUUGGAUUCACAGCACAACCUCCUUCAGUCUCAAUCAAACUGUUUCUGACGCUUCAAGCUUGUGUCUUUUGUUUUCACUUUGUACUUUUAAAAACUUAACACUAACUUUGAAAAGUAAAUCGCCGUACAUGAAAAACAUAAACACCAAUUCCACCGCUUCUUAUCAGUAAAUUGUUUUUCGGUGUUGAGGGCGGGUGUUGCUCAGAAUGCUUAAACCAGCCACAGGCCCUCAGAGUAGCUUUCGCUUCGUGUUUCAUGCAGCAUUAGCAAAACUCUCAUUCCUUCUGCAUUAGACCUCUGUCACUCUGUUGGGCUGGCUCUGACCUGCAUGGUAAUAGAGACGCAUGCCCUUGUUACUGACCCUCAUUUUUCUCUGCCUCUCUGUCGUUCUCUUUUCCCAUUAUCCAUCUUAUUCAUUUUUGUCACCUCAACUGCUUUUUCCUCUUCCCCUUCGCUCUCACUUCUGCCACAAUUAAUUGUCUCCCCUUUUUCUAUGUAUUUCUUGUCCUGACCUUCUCUUAGCUCUCUGUCUCUCCCUUUGUCACACCUUGUGCUCCUUCUUCUGUUUCCCCCCUCCUUACAGCCAGAGGAUGCAAGUGUCCAGUAUGUAUGAACACUGUGUGCGGAUGAAGCUGCUCUCCCAGAGGUUCUGCAUGCUGAAGGUCACCCAGGAGGAGUUCCUCUGCAUGAAGGCGCUGGUCCUCUUCAGUAUCAGUGAGUCAGCUGGGACCGUGUCUGAAAUAUACGGCUGAAUGAAGUAAAAUAUGAAUACAGUAGAGUGCGACCAUACUUCAGAGAAUUGACGGGAUGGAUAAAGCCCGUGAGAGUUAUUGUUGUGUUCUGGCUUUGUGGUCACAGUGCCAGUGGAGGGCCUGAAGAGCCAGCGUUGUUUUGAUGAACUGCGGACCUCCUACAUCAAGGAGCUGGACCGUUUGGCCAGCCACCGCGGAGAGACCACCCGUACACAGAGACUGUUUCAGCUCACACAGCUGCUGGAUUACCUCCAGUCGGUAAUAGACACCACUCUGCCUCACAUAUAAAAACACGGCAUUUAUUAAAGAAACGUUUAAGUGUCACAGAGCUGCUAGAGUGCAGAAUAUUUCAGAUCACAUUUUCCUCUUAGAGAAAACAAACACUAAAAGACUUACUAACAGAAUAGUUGGUUUUUCUAAAUGAAGGAUAUGGUUUAUAGAUUUACAAAUCAAAGCAAUAGACUCCGUCAGUUGGGUUGCACAUGGGCCAUUUUUUAAACCAAUAACUGUUUUUUCAUUUUGAUCCCGGGCCAGUAACUCUGACUCCAAUUUUAGAUCCCUUAUACAAGUUGCAUGAUUCAACAGGAAAUAGGAAAGGUGCCCUCUUGUGGCGGCAGCACAACAUGAAAAAUAAUGAAAAAGCUUUAUGUGACGUUUUAUACAAACUGUCAGUGAUGCAGAGCGCUCCAAUCCAGUCACAGCCAAAAUUAAGAGUUGCAGACUGCACGUCCAGCCAAAUUUGAAAGAAACUUGGCAAAAGAAAGCAAUCAUUAGACGCGUUACUCAGCGACAUGAGACAAGGGAAUACUCCUGUCUGCAGAUUUUAUACUUUUUCCAUCCAUAGGCAUUCAUUAUUACAUCUUACAGUGGAGUUUUGUCGUCUUCUCUUUCCUCCUGCUUCCUUGAAAAUAGAGGAAUUGGUUUCUAACAUGUUUUUCAUUCCAAGAGUUAUUGUGAGAAAAUAAAAGCUAGAAAAGGAAGAAGCUUGGUUCUGAAAUAUAAAUAAUUUUCACAUGUUUGUUUUAUUGGCACACAUGUUAGCUACGGAUGGUUGUCUGAGCACACGUGAGCCCUUCUUUCAAAACUUCAGGUCAAGUGGCUGUGAGGCCUAAAGUCAGGCCUGCAGCAGAUAAGCUGUUACUGUUUUAUAAUGAUGGUAAAUCAUUGAAUUGUAUUAAAAAGUUUGUAGAGGGAUCUCUAGUUUGAUCAAAUGUUUGUUUUUAGCCGGGGUUUGGACCCUUAUAUAAAAAGCUCUCACCCAAAGUAAACUGUGAAGCAGAAAAAUGAUGACCUCUAACAACCUUCACUAUGUCAUGUGUUUAUGUGUUUAUCUACACUACUUUUAAAUGUAGAUAUAGUUUCACUAAUUUGAGUACAGAUAUUUUGUAAUUUUUUAAAAUACAAUGUUUUCCCUAUUUUUAAAUUUCAAGAGCUCACAAACUUUAGAAACACAACCACAGCUAAAAAAUAAAAGAUAACAGUAUAUUUAUGAUAACAAAUUUCAGCCUUACAGUUAAUUUUAAUGUCAUCUGUGUAUCCAGUUUGACUUUUUUUCCAACAAUCCAUGCUUUUUGUUUUCAAGACUAAUUUUACAGACACGUAGCAAGCAAAAGUUGGGAAAAAAAAAAGCUCCCUUUCUCACCGUUCAACCACAGCAGCACGUGUUGUUCUGUGAAUGAUCCAACAGAGAUGAAGUUCAGAUCUGUGAUUAUUGUCUAGUAAGCUGAGGUAACCUUUGUUAUAAUUUUGGGCUUUAUAAACUGGAAAAAAAGACUUUUGGUUUGGAGUAUUUAUUAAAGUUUCCAGGACAUGGGCUGUAGUUCAACAUUUAUCACACGGCUCUUUGUGAAUCCAAUCCUUUUUUCUUUUCUUUUCUUUUCUUUUCUUUUCUUUUCUUUUCUUUUCUUUUCUUUUCUUUUCUUUUUUAAUUAAUGUAGACUGAGGUCUGUGCCACCACCAGGGGGUGUAAGUCAGCUGCUUUUGUUCCUAACACAGUUGGCGCUUGAAUACUUAUUGAUUGAAAAAGCGAUUUGGAUACACAGGAACAGGAACAUGCUCCUGACUGUGAUUGGGAUGUUUUUGGACGAGUUGAAAACUUUUUCUUCCAAAAGAGAGCAACACAACAGCAGAUCCCCCCUCAGGUCCUUUACUGUGGAUUUAACCUUAAAGGCUCAGCUUUGUCUGUGUCCCACUCACAUCUCAGAUCUUCUAAUGCCUCAUAAGCUAGAGGGCAGCUUGGGAUUGUCAGGCAGGGCCUUUAAGGCAGAAAACCUGAGUUGAUCAAGACUUUGCAGUUGAGUCCCCUUCGGCUUUACUCUGUCUGGGGAGCUUAGAGCGCCACAAUGGGUGUCAUCAUUUUAAAUCACCCCUUAAAGCUUGUGUCAAGAGACAGGCUUCAAUGUCAUUUGUUAUUUCCUCUUUUAUCUGCAGGCUUUGUUCUUUUUUCAGUGCGGUACACAUUAAGGCGUGUCAUCUUUUUUUUACAUGAAACCUCUGCCUGACCUCCUCUUCUCUCCUCUCUUUCAUUCUCAGAUCGUGAGGAAGUUACACCAGUUCACCUAUGAUCUGUUCACCCAGGCUCAGUCCCUGCAGACGCGUGUCAACUUUCCAGAAAUGAUCUCAGAGAUUGUGAGCGUUCACGUGCCCAAGAUCCUUUCUGGCAUGGUCAGGCCCAUCCUUUUCCACAACACAGCCUGA